CAACUCCCGGCACGCACCUGCCAAACACAAACGCGACGGGUGACGUCAGAAGCCUGCGCCGCUCGUACAGCCCGCACGCUGUUUAUGUGGAAGUUGUGUGCUGUGUGCGAUUAAUAUCAUAAAGAUGCCGAAAGUCAAAGCAGAGAAGAAGAGCCGGCAACAUCAGGAAAUCCGGAGCCAAGGGGUUAUGUUCAACACUGGAAUUGGCCAGCAUAUCUUGAAGAACCCACUAAUUGUAAACAGCAUCAUUGACAAGGCCGCUAUAAGACCUACAGAUGUUGUACUGGAAGUUGGUCCUGGAACUGGUAACAUGACAAUCAAGCUGUUAGAAAAAGCCAAAAAGGUUGUGGCGUGUGAGCUUGAUACACGGCUUGUCGCAGAGCUGCAGAAACGAGUCCAGGGCUCAGCCGUUGCAAAUAAGCUCCAGGUCUUGGUUGGUGAUGUGCUGAAGACAGACCUGCCUUUCUUUGACCUCUGUGUGGCUAACUUGCCUUAUCAGAUCUCAUCUCCCUUUGUCUUCAAGCUGCUCCUCCACAGACCAUUUUUUAGGUGUGCGGUACUGAUGUUCCAGAGAGAGUUUGCUAUGCGUCUUGUGGCCAAGCCUGGAGAUAAACUGUACUGCAGACUUUCCAUCAACACCCAGCUACUGGCUCGCGUGGACCAUCUCAUGAAAGUUGGGAAGAACAAUUUUAGACCUCCUCCAAAAGUGGAGUCCAGUGUUGUCCGGAUAGAACCCAAGAAUCCCCCCCCACCUAUUAACUUCCAGGAGUGGGAUGGUUUGGUUCGAAUUGCUUUUGUCAGGAAAAACAAAACUCUCUCUGCAGGAUUUAAAUCCAGUGCCGUGCAAGAACUUCUUGAGAAGAACUACAGAAUACAUUGUUCUCUACACAGUAUUGCAAUUCCAGAAAAUUUCAGUAUAGCUGAAAAAAUUGAAAAUAUCCUUCAAGAAACUGGAUUUAAUGAAAAACGCGCCCGAUCUAUGGACAUAGAUGAUUUCAUUAGCCUUCUUCAUGGAUUUAAUUCUGAAGGAAUUCACUUCUCUUAGAGAUUUAUUUAUCCUGUUUUACUGCAGAAGGUUAAAGAAGGCUCUUUACAAAUGGAAGUCAUGAAUGUUUGCCAGAAAUGGACAGAUCUACACCAAAACAAAUCGCGUUGUUUGAAGUGGUUUUGAUUGCAAUAUGUAUAAAAAAUAUUUGUAUAGUUUAAUUUUUGUGUUCUAUGCAAUGAAGCAGGAACAAGUAAAAUUUUAAA